GCACUUAGCAGACGACUCGCACGACGCCGGCGAGACUUGUUGCUCUCGCCAGAUAGAUGCGAGCCUUCGCGAGGAUAUAUUAUAAGAUUACCGCGCUAUAAUUAUCGCUUAUUAUGUUGUAUCCGCGCCUUUCCUUGUUACUGGUAAACAAUAAACGUUUUGUUAAGUAACUCUCAGUGACUUGUUCAUUUGUUUGGAUUAUUAAUCGUUGUUAAAUAGGAUUAGCCGCCACGAGGACCAUCCGUCGACCGAUCGAAAACAACCAUGGAGAACUCCAAUGCACCCAACGUCAACGACAACGCCUCCAGCCAAGCGGAACUGCCAGUCUUACGUCUCGAGUCCACACUGGAGCAAUUACUGACAGAUUUGUCAGACCCGGCCUUCGGAGAGGAGUCACCUGGCCUUGUUGUGCUAAAAAAGGAGGACUUUCAAACCAUUCUUCUCGCGCGCCGUUUGCUCGCAAUAAAUUUGAACGAGGCAAACACUCACAACCUUAAACUCGAAGAGGAACUCUCGGAAGCGAGAAAAUUUCCCCCACCACCAAUAGGCAAUUUCUACGAGGAGCAAUUCAAGGCUGUAUACGCUAUGGCUAACGAGAAGCAACGACUAACCGAAGACCUGUUCACUGCGCAAAACAACGCGCGCAAACACGAGGAAGAAGUAGCCAAGCUGCGCCAAGAACUCGAAGCAUUCGAGUAUGACUGGGACGAUCUUCUCAAGAGUCAUAAAAACUUCAAACGCCAAGCUGCUCUCGCCAAGAAUUACAAGGACCUCUUUAGACAAACAAUCGCAGAAGUCUACACCGCGCAAGCCAAUAUGCGCGAACCUUGCCUUCGAAAGAAACUACCACCUGGCUGUAUCAACUGCAAACAAGAAGGUCACAGCCAUAAUUCUUGUCCUGAAUCUUACUCCGGAAAAUUCUGUCAAGAAUGCGACUGCCCGGACUUCAACACACAAGAUUGUCCAUGGCCUCAUUACGAAAAUAAGAAAAUUCCCUCUUUGCCGCCGCAUCUUCGUUGCAAGCGCUGCUGGCAACCAAAAAACCAGCCCAACCCCUGUUGCGCGCAAUGCAGGAAAAUAAUGAUAGAGAAGACUACCGCCAAGAAGUAUGACCUCGCCAUAGAGAUGGAAAACAAGGCUCGCAAACAAACUGCAACCACCACUUACACUGGCACCAUAUCAAAAGCACCCGCUGUCGUAGCGCAGCCCCCCACUUCCAACAGAAGGACUGAAUCGCUCAAUUUGACGGCUGACUCCAAUUCGAAGCGACCUGACAAUCUGGACACAGCUUCCACCACCUCUGAAGAAAGCGACUCACAGGCCACCAGGAGAGGAUGAUCAUCGCCAGCACUCCGACCGCCCUUGCGCUACUUCGAAACCUUUUUCUUUUCCGCGCCGUUGCGCUAUUUCCGAAAAAUUCUUAUUUUUUUUCUUUCUAUAAAUCAUUUAGUCGCGUCAUUACGCGUAUACAAAAAAAUAUACUUUUAUUUUCUUUCAACGAUCAUGCCACAAGGUUUCUUUUUUCAAAAAAAUUUUUUUUUCUCAAUAAAAAAAAACCGUAUAUUUAAGUUUAAACAGAUUAACUAUAAGGCAAAUUUUGCAAAAGAGAGAACAGCUGUCGUCGUCCAUUAUAUAAAAUAAUUUUAGUUUAUUCUCAAAAAAAGGAAAAAUACCAAACAUUUUAUUUUAUAAUUUCAAAUGAUCUCUUUUUCUUUAGUUCUAUUACUUGACCAGAAGGGAUGAGUGACCGCUUAUGGUCAGAGCGAACGGGAAUGAACCCGGGUUGUAACUCCAACCUAGAAGGGGGGAGUGUGACGACCCAGAUAGUCUUAUCUUUUUUUUACGAAAUAGUUGUUCCUUUACCCGAGUUCAUUCUCCGAGCGCAUUCAAAUUCGCGCGCCAAAGUAGCGCGCAUGACUGCACUUAGCAGACGACUCGCACGACGCCGGCGAGACUUGUUGCUCUCGCCAGAUAGAUGCGAGCCUUCGCGAGGAUAUAUUAUAAGAUUACCGCGCUAUAAUUAUCGCUUAUUAUAUUGUAUCCGCGCCUUUCCUUGUUACUGGUAAACAAUAAACGUUUUGUUAAGUAACUCUCAGUGACUUGUUCAUUUGUUUGGAUUAUUAAUCGUUGUUAAAUAGGAUUAGCCGCCACGAGGACCAUCCGUCGACCGGUAAGUUCGCUUUGCACCAUUUGCUCUUUCUUCUGGCCGAUUGGACGACUACUUGGCAGCCUUUCUCAAUCACCGUACUUGCUCGCUGCUGGAACUUUCGCUCAAGCUUUGUGCCUC